AUGUCCGGCACGACUUUAUUGGAGUACUUCCGCUCGAGGACUCAAGUUGACCUCGACACCUUUGACAUUGAAGCUGCCCGUGAGCUUCGAGGCUGUAUCGAUUGUACGUCUAAUCAGUUCGAGUAUUUUAAUGAGUUAUCAAAGGAGGGCAGGAAGGGGGUCCUGGAAAAGGCAAUCAAGCUCGCUCAAAAGGAACAUGGCAACUUUGGAUCAGUCACAGUGGAGGAGCUUGCGGUUGAAGCUGCGGCCGUAUACAUGGCAAUUGAGAUCCGCCCAUUCGUGAAAGGAGAUAUUCAUGUUAUGGCUAACCCGUGGUAUUCGUAUUCGAAAGAGAGGAUUAUUGCGACUGGAAAAAGUGAGCUUUACUAUCCUUCGGCAGAUGAAAUACUGACCGUGGCAUCUUUCAACGCAGGAUUUCAUGAACUGUUCGCCCUUCUGGAUGCAAACUUCGAUAGGACUCGGUUGGUCAUGAAGGUACCAGCAACUUGGGAAGGGCUCCAAGCGUGCCGCGAACUUCGAGAUCAUGGCAUAAAGACAUUGGGAACAACCUUGUUUACCAUGGAGCAAGCAGUUUUGGCGGGUGAAGUGGGAUGCGUGUCCAUCUCUCCUUUCAUCCAUGAGCUGAAGUCAUUGUUUGACAAAAGGUCUGAUCUCUCCUACACGCUUACGCCUUUGCGGUAG